AAUGAACGCUAUUUGAUAUUCCGGUAAAGAUAAUCUGAUUUGACUCUGGAUUGGAUGUCGUUUUGAUGGGAUAAAAAUUUAUAGAAAUAUAUAUACAAAUGAUAUCGACAACCCGACGCAUUUCGGAAUCCUUAUUUCGGAGAAGUGGGAUUCUAUGUUCCGCUUUACAAGACAGAUACCUCAGAAUUGGAGUUUAUUUAGCAGAGCCCUUGCGGGAAAAAACGGAUGACUCGACUACAGGCAAAUCUUUGUUCAAACCGCUUUCCAUCAAGUUGAAUCCAGAUGAAAAUAACGUAGGAGCUGAACUUACGGGGACUUUCAACAAAACUGACCUCCUUUGUGUGCUUAAUCAAUUCUAUCAGCGGAAAGAAAUUAAGGCGCUUGCCACUGAACACGGAUUGGACAAUUUCUUACAACAUGAAGCCUUCAUCAGUUUUCGACGCUAUUGCUUAGAUGCUGAAAAUUUGCCGGCAGACUUGCACAUUGUAAUAAGUGACAUUUUGCAAGGAGCUGGGCAUGUUGAUGACAUAUUUCCUUACUUUAUGCGUUAUGCGAAACAGACUUUUCCUCAUAUUGACUGCAUAGAUGAUUUGAAGAAAAUAAGUGAUCUUCGUACACCUGCUAACUGGUACCCGUUAGCGAGAGCUAAGACAAGAAAAAUUAUAUUUCACGCUGGACCAACGAAUAGUGGUAAAACUUACCACGCACUGCAGAGGUUCAUGACUGCAAAAAGUGCAGUAUAUUGUGGGCCACUGAAGUUGUUGGCUGUAGAAGUGUUUAAUAAAAGCAACGCUAACGGUACCCCAUGCGACUUAGUUACCGGAGAAGAGAAAAAUUUUGUGAAAGGUGCAGACAACCCUUCGGAUCAUGUAUCUUGCACAGUCGAAAUGGCCAGAACAAACGUUGCAUAUGAGGUUGCUGUCAUAGAUGAAAUCCAAUUGAUGAGAGACCCAGCUAGAGGCUGGGCAUGGACUAGAGCUUUGCUGGGAUUGCCAGCAGAUGAAAUUCACCUUUGCGGAGAAGCUGCUGCAAUAGAUUUAGUCCGUUCCAUAUGUAUUACAUCUGGAGAGGAUGUUGAGGUACGAAGAUAUAAACGUCUGACUUCGUUGGAAGUCGAAGACACUGCACUGACGUCACUGGCCAAUGUAGUUCCAGGCGACUGCAUAGUUUGUUUUAAUAAAAAUGAUAUAUAUUCUGUGUCUCGCAGCAUCGAAGCUCGCGGUAUAGAAGUGGCAGUUAUAUACGGAAGUCUUCCGCCAGGAACAAAACUAGCUCAAGCAGCAAAAUUCAAUGACAUCACUAACCCAUGUAAAGUUUUAAUUGCUACUGAUGCUAUCGGGAUGGGUUUGAAUUUGAGUAUACGAAGAAUAAUAUUUUACUCUUUAAUGAAACCGACUAUCAAUGAAAAGGGUGAAAAAGAAAUUGACACGAUACCUGUGUCCUCUGCUCUGCAAAUAGCUGGACGAGCCGGGCGUUAUGGUACACAAUGGGAGAAAGGAUAUGUGACAACUUUUAGACCAGACGAUUUAUCCAUGCUGAAAAACUUACUUUCACAAGAACCAGAAGUCCUUACUCAAGCUGGCUUACAUCCGACUGCUGAUCAAAUAGAACUGUAUGCUUACUACCUGCCUGAUGCUACUCUGUCUAAUCUAAUGGAUAUUUUCGUAUCGCUAUCUGUAGUGGACAAUUCCUUAUAUUUCAUGUGUAACACAGAGGAUUUCAAAUUUCUUGCUGAUAUAAUUCAACACAUCCCGCUACCGUUGCGCGCACGAUACGUAUUUUGUUGUGCGCCGAUAAAUAGGAAAAUUCCAUUCGUGUGCACAAUGUUCUUGAAAUUCGCUCGACAGUACAGUAAAAAUGAAACGUUGACAUUUGACUGGCUUUGUCAAAACAUCGGCUGGCCAGUCGCUGCACCAAGAACAAUCAUAGAUUUAGUUCAUUUAGAAGCAGUAUUUGACGUGUUAGAUCUCUACCUGUGGUUCAGUUAUCGAUUCAUGGAUCUGUUGCCUGAUGCUAAUAUUGUGCGAGAUACUCAGAAGGAGUUAGAUGCCGUCAUACAAAUAGGCAUAGUUCAACUAACAAAGCUUUUAACGAUUUCAGAGUCAGGAUCAAACAAUGGUACUGUGUUGACUCCUGAUGAAGAUCGCUUUGCACUGAACACACAGAAGAACAAAUACUUCAAAGAUCCUAAAAGUAUCACAAGCCAGGUUUUGGGAAAAGGUGGAUUAACAGAAAGAUUACUGGCCCAAGGACUUCUCACUCCAAGCAUGGUGGAUGAAUUGCGCAAAGAAUGGGAUGAGGUUGCCAAAGAUGAAUCAAAGAUUAACAAAUCGGGACGGAAACGUUAUAGGAAAUGAAUGGGUCCAUUUAUUGCCGAUAUUUCACCACCAUUCACAAGCCAAUCGUAAGUACAGAGAAUAAGAAUUUCUAGUGUUAAUGAUAUUACGAAAGAUUUCUGUUUCAUUCUUGUUCAAUGUAUGGCAGUAAAGUACGUAUGUGUAAAUUCAAGUAAUCAUUAAUUUACAAAGAAAAUUUUCUUUUCAGUGGUUUUUUUAAAGAAAAGAAAAUUGAUUAAGUAUUUACGAAUUUGUGCGACAUCAAAUAAAUACUCCAUUCUUUGAAACCGUUAUAUUAACUCUUUUAUGUGUAGUUCACAUAUGAUAUGAAAUGUAUCAUAGCAUCAAAUGUGGAGUGCUGUCCAGAUGUAUAAUUUAAUUUGUAUGUAAAAUAGAAAAAGUUUACUUUAUCAAA